AUGCGGCGGGUGCAGGACACCCUCCUCAACGGCGAGCAGUCCUACUCCUACUCCUACUCCUCCCGCGGCACCGCCCGGCUCCUCGUCGGCCAUGGGCUGGAGCACGACCUCGACGCGUUGGGCAUGGACUACCAGGCGCACCUCAGGAGGGACACGGCCGUGUGCCGGCCGCUGAUGAAGACCAGCGCUAGGCUCAUGAGCAAUUCGCUCCGGUAUCUCACGCGGAGCUGCCUGGGCUAUGAUAUACAGACGGGAGGCCACCAUCAUCCCUACGACGACUGCGUGGCCGCCAUGCGCCUAUACAAGAGGAUGCGCGCCAUGAGUCACCUGCACCUUUACGGUCGGCCCAAAGACGACGAUGAUGAGUCCACGGUCAAGGCCUUCCCGGCGUGGAGGCAGCGAGAGCUGGAGCGCAUGUCGCUGGAGGAGCUCCUGGCAAUGUCCAAGCCCGACUACCGAUGUUGGUGCCUCGACGACCGGCGAUGCUGA